AGACGUCAUAAAAGUAUUCAUACUGGGGAAAAAGCAUACAAAUGUGAAGAAUGUGACAAGUGCUUUACUCAAAUGUCAAGUCUUACAAUACAUCAGGCAGUGCACGCUGGAGAGACACCCUACAAAUGUGAAAAAUGUGACAAGUACUUUACUAGAAUGUCAAGUCUUAGAAUACAUCAGGCAAUGCAUACUGGAGAGACACCAUACAAGUGUAAAGAAUGUGAUAAGUGCUUCACCAAGGCCUCGAAUCUUAGGCGUCAUGAAACUAUUCAUACUGGAAAGAAACCCUAUAAAUGUGAAGAAUGUGACAGGUCCUUUACUCAGAAGACAGAUCUUAGAUCACAUCAGGGAGUUCAUACUGGAGAGAAACCCUACAAAUGUGAA